GACACGCCGCCAUUUCAAAGCGAACGGAGGCUGGUUCUGCCAGUGAGAUGGACGUCGACACAGAGCAGGUGAUGGACCACACAGAGACCCCUCAGGCCUCCACAGAAGGAGAGAUAUCAGACAGCAAAGCCAGGGGCAGAGGGUUUAAAGGACGCGGUCGAGGGGGCCGGGUAGGCAGAGGUGGACGUGGUGGUAGGGGCAUGAUGAUGAAAGGAUAUGGCCCCCCUGGGCGGGGCAGGGGUAGAGGCAGAGACGGGGCCAUGAAUGGGUUUGGACCUGGAAGACGAGGAAUGGGGAGGAUGCGGCCAUACCCUGACCUCCGAGGCCGACGGGGCCUUAGGGGCGGGCCUAUGGGAAUGGGCCCCCCUCCACCCCCACCGAUGCACAUGAGAGGACCCUACCCACCCAUGCACAGGCAUGGCCCCCCUCCUCCGCCGCCUCCAGGGCACCCUGGUUUUAGGGGGCGCCCCCCACACCCCCGUGGUAGAGGGAUGCACCCAGGUCCACACCGACACUUCCACCCUAGAGGCUUCCACAAUGGACCCGCCUCUCUUCCGCCUCACCCCCCGCCUGGCAGAGGCCAGCGCUGGCCGGGGCCCCCAGGUGGCCGGCGCUUUUAAAGCAGCCUACUGUUAAUACUGAGUGCUUUCAUAGCGGGGCCUCGCAGGGCACCCAAGGGCCCGCGUACACGUACAACAAGAUGCCUCAAUUAGGGCCUCCAAAAACGUUGAACUCCUUCAAAUUCCCUCUAGCCAAAUAUUUCGAUCUUAUUUUGGAGGACUACAAAAAAAAAGAAAGAAAUGGGGGGCCCCUCACAUUCAAAGGGCCCCAGGGGACAAAAGUGUGGAUGCUUUGACAGCCUCAUUCACAAGAUGCACCCAUUUCUGUUAGAAGAGAAAGAUCUCACUCUUGAGACUUUAAAAAAAAAGUUUUUUUAUGAAGAGAGAAGAUUCUUUAAAAAAAUAGGGAUUGAAAAUAUUUUUCCUAAAGGGACAAAAAAAUGUGUUGACUGAUAAGUCCCGGAGAGUCCUGUCCUGGGUUUUGUGUGAUUCUAAAGAAAUUUUUUUGCCCCAGAAGUCAACGCUUACAAGUACAAACAGACAAGGGAGAGUGAGAGAGAAAGAAAGAGAAAGAGAGAGACGACAGCACAACAGCCCUCACGCACCAGUGUUAGUUCUGUAUUCCAUGACUCCUUGGACCUCCCCAACUUUUCCAUUUGUUACGUAAAUAUAGUUUUAAAAAUAUCACUCUAUCAAAGCAACAGCAGAAGCUGUAAAGACUCUUACACACUAAAAAUGACAUUAGAAAAGACUACAUGUCAAGUGUUAUGAUCCGUCAAAGUAACAUAAAGAGUUUUAAUAUCCUUAAUG